UAGGGUGUCCUUGCAGGGUGUCUGAGCUAAACUUCACCAAAUAAUAGCUGUUUGUAUUUUGGCUGCUGCAGGAGCCAUUUUAGAAGUAAAAUAAUUGCCUUCAAUAGAUGAUAAUGAAAAUACAGAAGAAAGAGAAGCAGUUGUCACAUUUAAAAGUUCUGAAUCACUCCCCAAUGUCUGAUGCUUCUGUCAAUUUUGACUACAAAUCCCCCUCCCCAUUUGACCACAGCACUGACCAGGAAGAGAAAAUUGAAGAUGCUGCCAGUCACUGUCUGCCCCAGAAGGACCUGUACGCUGCUGAAGAGGACGCCGAGACCCCUUUGCCCAGGAAAACAACAUCCCAUAAUGGGACGGAGGACAGUGGAGGAGGAGGCACUGGCGUGAAGAAGAAACGGAAGAAAAAGGAUCCAGGAGAGCAAGAGGGGGCAGCAAAGGGAAGCAAGGACAGGGAGCCCAAGCCAAAGAGGAAGCGAGAACCUAGAGAGCCAAAGGAGCCCAGGAAGGCCAAGGAGCCCAAGAGGGCCAAGGAGCCCAAGGAGCCCAAGGAGCCCAAGCCGAAGGACGGGGCCAGGAAGGCACGGAAGCCCCGGGAGGCCUCGGGCGCCAGGGAGGCCAAAGAGAAACGGAGCAGCACCGACCCUGCAGCCAGGGCCAAGUCCAGGAAGGCCAGCAAGGAGCAAGGACCAACCCCAGUGGAGAAAAAGAAGAAAGGAAAAAGGAAAAGUGAAACCACAGUGGAGAGUUUAGAGCUGGAUCAGGGCCUGCCGAACUCAUCCCUGCGUAGUCCUGAGGAAUCCACCGAGUCUGCAGACAGCCAGAAACGACGCUCAGGACGGCAAGUGAAGCGCAGAAAAUACAACGAAGACCUGGACUUCAAAGUGGUGGAUGAUGACGGGGAGACGAUCGCCGUUCUGGGAGCCGGCCGGACGUCUGCCCUCUCAGCUUCUACACUGGCUUGGCAGGCAGAGGAGCCUCCAGAAGAUGAUGCAAACAUCAUUGAGAAGAUCCUGGCGUCUAAGACUGUCCAGGAGGUUCACCCAGGAGAACCCCCGUUCGACUUGGAGCUGUUCUAUGUCAAGUACAGAAAUUUUUCCUACUUACACUGUAAAUGGGCCACAAUGGAAGAGCUUGAAAAGGAUCCUCGCAUCGCACAGAAGAUCAAGCGAUUUAGGAAUAAACAAGCCCAGAUGAAGCACAUUUUUACUGAGCCUGACGAAGACUUGUUCAACCCAGACUACGUGGAGGUUGAUCGCAUCUUGGAGGUGGCCCACACCAAGGAUGCAGAAACAGGAGAGGAAGUGACACAUUACCUGGUGAAGUGGUGCUCGCUGCCUUACGAGGAAAGCACGUGGGAGCUGGAGGAAGACGUGGACCCUGCAAAAGUUAAAGAAUUUGAAUCUCUGCAAGUUCUCCCUGAAAUUAAGCACGUGGAGCGGCCUGCUUCAGACUCGUGGCAGAAGCUGGAGAAGUCUCGAGAGUAUAAGAACAGCAACCAGCUCCGGGAGUACCAGCUGGAGGGGAUGAACUGGCUUCUUUUUAACUGGUACAACAGAAAAAACUGCAUUUUGGCUGAUGAGAUGGGCCUAGGGAAAACCAUCCAGUCCAUCACAUUCCUUUCAGAAAUAUUCCUCAGGGGAAUCCACGGCCCCUUCCUCAUCAUCGCCCCGCUCUCCACCAUCACUAACUGGGAGCGGGAGUUCCGGACGUGGACCGAGAUGAAUGCCAUUGUGUACCACGGCAGCCAGAUCAGCAGGCAGAUGAUCCAGCAGUAUGAGAUGGUGUACAGAGAUGCACAGGGAAACCCCCUGUCAGGAGUCUUCAAGUUCCAUGUCGUCAUUACAACAUUUGAGAUGAUCCUGGCAGACUGCCCCGAGCUGAAGAAGAUUCACUGGAGCUGUGUGAUCAUUGAUGAAGCCCACAGACUGAAGAAUAGGAACUGCAAACUUCUGGAGGGUCUAAAGCUCAUGGCCCUGGAACACAAGGUGCUGCUCACGGGGACCCCCUUGCAGAACUCGGUGGAGGAGCUCUUCAGUCUGCUCAACUUCCUGGAGCCAUCACAGUUUCCUUCAGAGACUGCUUUCUUGGAGGAGUUUGGAGAUCUGAAAACAGAGGAGCAGGUGAAGAAACUGCAGUCUAUCCUAAAACCAAUGAUGCUUCGACGGCUGAAAGAUGACGUGGAAAAGAACCUUGCUCCCAAGCAAGAGACGAUCAUUGAGGUAGAGCUGACCAAUAUCCAGAAAAAGUACUACCGUGCCAUCCUGGAGAAGAAUUUUUCCUUCCUGACCAAGGGGGCCAAUCAGCACAACAUGCCCAACCUCAUCAACACCAUGAUGGAGCUGAGAAAAUGCUGUAACCACCCCUACCUGAUCAACGGGGCAGAGGAGAAAAUUUUGGAAGACUUCCGGAAAGCUCACAGCCCUGAUGCCCCUGACUUUCAGCUACAGGCCAUGAUUCAAGCAGCCGGGAAGCUGGUGCUGAUUGAUAAACUGCUCCCGAAGCUGAUUGCUGGUGGCCACAAAGUACUCAUCUUCUCCCAGAUGGUGCGCUGUCUCGAUAUCCUGGAAGAUUAUCUCAUCCAGAGAAGAUACACCUAUGAGCGAAUUGAUGGGCGAGUACGGGGAAACCUGCGCCAGGCAGCCAUCGACCGGUUCUGUAAGCCAGACUCAGACCGCUUUGUCUUUCUUCUGUGCACCCGAGCGGGAGGCCUGGGGAUCAAUCUCACAGCUGCCGAUACCUGCAUCAUAUUUGAUUCAGACUGGAACCCACAAAAUGACUUGCAGGCUCAGGCCCGAUGUCACCGGAUAGGCCAGAGUAAAGCCGUGAAGGUGUAUCGCCUCAUCACUCGGAACUCCUACGAGCGGGAAAUGUUUGACAAGGCCAGCCUAAAGCUGGGUCUGGACAAGGCUGUUCUUCAGGACAUCAACCGCAAGGGCAGCACCAACGGAGUACAGCAGCUUUCAAAGAUGGAGGUAGAGGACUUGCUCCGGAAAGGUGCCUAUGGUGCCUUAAUGGAUGAGGAAGAUGAAGGCUCCAAGUUCUGUGAAGAAGACAUAGACCAGAUUCUGCAGAGGAGAACCCACACCAUCACCAUCCAGUCUGAAGGGAAAGGAUCCACUUUUGCCAAGGCUAGCUUUGUGGCUUCAGGAAACAGAACGGAUAUUUCCUUAGAUGACCCGAACUUUUGGCAGAAAUGGGCUAAAAUAGCUGAACUGGACACUGAAGCAAAGAAUGAAAAGGAAAGCUUAGUGAUCGACCGCCCGCGCGUGAGGAAGCAGACCAAACACUACAACUCUUUUGAGGAGGAUGAGCUCAUGGAGUUUUCGGAGUUGGACAGUGACUCUGAUGAGAGGCCCACGAGGUCCAGGCGCCUCAAUGACAAAACCAGGCGCUACCUCCGAGCCGAGUGCUUCCGGGUGGAGAAGAACCUGCUCAUCUUUGGCUGGGGCCGGUGGAAGGACAUCCUGACUCAUGGGCGGUUCAAGUGGCAUCUGAACGAGAAGGACAUGGAGAUGAUUUGCCGCGCCCUGCUGGUGUACUGUGUCAAGCACUACAAGGGAGAUGAGAAGAUCAAGAGUUUCAUUUGGGAAUUGAUCACACCUACCAAAGAUGGGCAGGCCCAGACCCUCCAGAACCACUCAGGGUUGUCUGCUCCAGUCCCCAGAGGGAGGAAGGGGAAGAAAACGAAGAACCAGCUGCUGCUCCCAGAGUUAAAGAACGCAGACUGGCUGGCCACCUGCAACCCCGAGGUGGUUUUGCAUGAUGACGGCUACAAGAAGCACCUGAAACAGCACUGCAACAAGGUACUUUUGCGUGUCCGGAUGCUUUACUACCUGAAAGCCGAAAUACUGGGAGAAGCAGCUGAUAAAGCGUUUGAAGGAACUCCUGCCAGGGAGCUGGAGGUGCCUCUGCCCGACAUCGACUAUGUGGAGAUCCCAGCGGAUUGGUGGGACGCUGAGGCCGAUAAGUCCCUUCUGAUUGGCGUGUUCAAACAUGGUUACGAGAGGUACAACGCCAUGCGAGCAGACCCAGCGCUUUGUUUCCUGGAGAAGGUUGGGAUGCCGGACGAGAAGUCCCUUUCUGCAGAGCAGGGCGUUACAGAUGGGGCCUCAGAUGUCCCGGAAAGAGGCAACACAGAUAAAGAAGACAAUACUGAAGACAAAGUAGAUGGCCUCCAGAAACAAAUGGAGAAUUCCAGUGAUGGAGCUGAUGGCAUUUUUGGUGAAAAGAAGGAUGACAGCCGGGCAGCCCAGGAUGGCUCCGACCCAGACAAAUCACCCUGGCCAGUUUCGUCCGCCCUCACAGCCCGUCUCCGACGCCUGGUCACUGUUUACCAGCGCUGUAACCGCAAGGAGCUCUGCCGACCUGAAAUCCUGGGACCAGGAAGCCAAGGCUACUGGGUCCAGGAGGAGAUGUUCCGGAGAACCUCAGAGAUGGAUCUCAUCAACAAGGAAGCCCAAAAGAGGUGGACCAGGAGAGAGCAAGCCGACUUCUACAGAACAGUAUCUUCCUUUGGUGUCGUUUAUGAUCGAAAGAAAACCUUUGACUGGACUCAGUUUCGCAUCAUUUCGCAUUUGGACAAGAAGUCGGACGAGAGCCUGGAGCACUAUUUUUAUAGUUUUGUGGCCAUGUGCCGAAACGUCUGUCGUCUGCCGGCGUGGAAGGAUGGCGGCCCCACAGAUCCCAGCAUCUACGUUGAACCCAUCACUGAAGAACGGGCCGCAAGAACCCUGUAUCGCAUUGAACUGUUACGGAAGGUUCGAGAGCAAGUGCUGAGAUGUCCACAGCUGCACGAGCGCCUGCAGCUGUGCAGGCCCAGCCUCUACCUCCCCGUCUGGUGGGAGUGUGGGAAGCACGAUCGAGACCUGCUGAUCGGCACCGCCAAGCACGGGCUGAACCGCACCGACUAUUACAUCAUGACCGACCCCCAGCUGUCCUUCCUGGACGCCUACAGAAACUAUGCCCAGCACAAAAGAACUGACCCCCAGGCACCAGAGAGUCUCUGUUGCCUUUACCCGACCAACUCCAAACUCUAUGACUCUCUUACCUACGCUCACAUGAGCAGGACUUCCGAAUCCCUUGAACAUGAACCGGAGAAUCUAGUGAAAAUAGAAGGUAGAGAUGACCAUCUUGGUCCGCCCAGGGGAAGCUUAUGUGACAUAACGUGUGAAAACUUUAUUUCUAAAGUUCAGGAUGUCAUUUCCAUCACCCAUGAUGAAAGUCUGCUGCCUGACUCCUUGGAGAGCAUGAUGUAUGGUAAGAAGGUGCUGAGCCAAGAGCCAGGCUCUUUUCAGGAGAGCCCAGGCACCAAUACAGAAUCUAGACCUGAUGCUCUGGCCGUCUCCACAAGCAGAGAUGGGAACUGCCAGUCUGGUGGCCAUGAGGCAGAACUAGCCUCAGGCCCCUCUCUUAUGGACACUUUAGAAGCAGGGGUAGCUCAAAUGAACAUUAAAAAUGAAAAACAUUUGUUGAUGUCUGUUUCAAAGGAAGGGGAACUGUGCUGCAGCGAGACAGGACAGAGACCUGAAGGCAUUGGGCAGCUGGACACCAAAUGCUUAGCCUCCCCUUCCUUGGACCAAGGAAAUGAAAGUGGGUUUGUAGACAUGUGCAAUCUGAGUGUCUGCGACUCCAAAAGAAACCUGUCGUCAGAUCAGCAGUUAAUUGAUUUAUUAGAAAACAAAAGUUUAGAAAGUAAAUUGAUUCUGGGUCAGAACUACAGUGAUGAAGAGGAGGAGGAGGAAGAAAAUGAGGAUGAAAACCUAGACCUGGCCACAGGCAUGAGGGAAAGGCCAGAGGUCUCGCCUCUCACCGAGCCCACUGCUGCCAUGCCAAGGGAGAAGAGCUUUGGCUUCCUUGUAGACGAAGCCAAGAAAGGAAGCCUGGAGGCCAGAAGCCAGCAUCCUGAACCUCAGGGGGCUUUUCUCCCCACAGCCUGUCAGUGUCACUGCAAACACAUGGAGAGGUGGGCACGCGGCCUCGAGAAUGACGAGUUCGACGUGGAGAAGCCCCAGCAGUAUAACCCAGACCUGUACAAAAGCAAAGCCAAUAAUGUCGCAGUGGAGGGUGAGCCCGCGGCUGUUCCUUCAGCGCUGUUUCAGGUGAAGCGUGAACUUUUAAAAGAGCCCUGGAAAGACAGCGCAGAAGGGAAACAGGGUUUUCCUGCGUGUCCCGAAGGAAGUGAGCUCAAGUCGGAAGACAUGGAUUUUGAGAGUAGAGACGAAUAUGACAGAGAUGGAAACUGCCAGGGUCAAGAUUAUCCCGGGAAAUACUCUGAGGAGGAGAGCAAGAGCUCAACUUCGGGCAUCGCAGGAGACUUUGGGGAUGACCUCCAGGAGGUGCGGGCUCCCACCAUUGCUCAGCUGCUCCAGGAGAAAACCCUCUAUUCCUUCUCUGAGUGGCCAAAGGAUCGUGUGAUAAUCAGCCGCCUAGAUAACAUCUGCCACGUGGUGCUGAAGGGGAAGUGGCCCUCCAGCCAGCAGUACGAGCCCGUAGGCACGCUGCACACCCCCCUGUUGACCCGCAGCGCUGGGUCUCGGAGCAGCCUCUCGGAGCCAGAGGCAUCAGAACACACCUUCAGCAAUGGCGCGGCAUUGGUGGCCCAGAUGCAGAAGGAGAGCUUCUUGGCUCCAGUAUUCACAAAGGAUGAACAGAAGCACAGGCGUCCUUACGAGUUCGAGGUGGAGAGAGAUGUGAAGACUCGGAGCCUGGAGCAGUUCUCUGCCACCCAUGGGCACCCCCCCAUCGUCCUCAAUGGCUGGCAUGGAGAGUCAGCAAUUGACCUCUCCUGCACGGUGGAGGGGUCCCCAGGAGCCACAUCCCCUUUCCCAGUGAGCGCCAGCACCCCUAAGAUGGGGGCUAUCGGUUCACUUCAAGGAGCCCUUGGCAUGGACUUGUCUGGGAUUUUGCAAGCUGGCCUGAUCCAUCCAGUGACCGGACAGAUCGUCAACGGAAGCCUCAGGAGAGAUGACGCUGCCACGAGGAGGCGGAGAGGGAGACGGAAACAUGUUGACGGAGGGGUGGACCUCAUCUUUCUGAAGGAACAGACCCUUCAGGCAGGAAUCUUGGAGGUCCACGAAGACCCAGGGCAGACCCCCCUGAGCACCUCACACCCUCCUGAAGGGCCAGUGCCUGCCACGUCGACCCCGGAGCCAUCCCCCACGGCCAGCAGCCAGGCCGAGAAAGCCCUUCCCAGCAAGAGCCUGCUGGACUGGCUGAGGCAGCAAGCUGACUACUCCCUCGAAGCUCCUGGCUUUGGCACAAAUUUUUCAGACAAACCAAAGCAGAGGCGGCCACGCUGUAAGGAACCUGGAAAAUUAGACGUCAACUCCCUGAGUGGGGAAGAGAGGGUUCCUGCUGUCCCCAAGGAGCCAGGACUGAGGGGGUUUCUCCCAGAAAACAAGUUCAAUCACAGCCUACCCGAGCCCGUUCUUCGAGAUGCGGGCCCCCGCCGCAGGGGCAGGAGGCCCCGGAGCGAGCUCCUGAAGGCUCCCACCCUCGUGGCGGACUCCCACUCCGGGAUGGGGCCUCUGUUCAUGAAUGGACUGAUCGCCGGGAUGGACCUGGUUGGGCUUCAGAACAUGAGAAACGUGCCAGGCAUCCCCCUCACGGGGCUGGUGGGGUUCCCGGCCGGCUUUGCUGCGAUGCCCACAGGCGAAGAGGUCAAGAGCACGUUGAGCAUGCUGCCCAUGGUGCUGCCGGGCAUGGCCGCCGUGCCCCAGAUGUUUGGGGUCGGGGGGCUCCUCAAUGCCCCCAUGGCCGCCAGCUGCACUUCUGCACCAGCGUCGCUGUCAGGCACAACGAAGAGCGGCACGUCAGUGGCCGAAAAGACUGCAGAAGAUAAGCCCGGCGGCCAUGAUGUGAAAACGGACAGCUUAGCCGAAGACAAGCCUGGCCCGAGUCCGUUUUCCGAUCAGUCUGAACCUGCAAUAACUACGAGUAGUCCUGUGGCUUUUAACCCAUUUCUCAUCCCAGGAAUGUCCCCCGGACUCAUUUACCCAUCCAUGUUUCUCUCCCCUGGCAUGGGCAUGACCCUGCCAGCCAUGCAGCAGGCCAGACACUCUGAAAUAGUAGGUCUGGAGAGCCAGAAGAGGAAGAGGAAGAAAGCAAAAGGGGACAACCCGAACCCCAACCCAGAGUCUGCACCCGGGCCGGAGAGGGAGCCGGGCGGUGACCAGAACUGCCCCGAAUCCAGGGCCCCCGUGCCCCUAGAUAGAGAACACGCGGCACAGGCCAGGGAAGGGGGCACCCAAGACUCUCACGGUGACACCAAUUAGAACUGUUUCGUUGGAGAAAUUAUUGUGACUUGUAAGUUUCUUAUCCCAUAAAGGUUUGUUACUUCCCUCACUUCACCGUCAUAAGAACCUGUGUUUCCAUGAGUAAUAUUACCUACCUGAUUUCCUGUCUGAGAACUAUGGUACCAGAUGUUAAUAGUCGCAGGGUCUUGCCACGUCAUCAGCUAAGUGUCGUUGACCUAGUCUAGGAGGCCAGAGUCCUCACUCUGUUCUCCAGCCGUUCAUUCCAGCCGUCGUAGUUAGUACAGACGUGGGGACACGCCCACCCCUUCUCUUCCAAGUUUCCCACUUAUUUGAGGAGGAAAAAUGGCAAAAGAAAGCCAUCUAGGGAUUUACCAGGAAAGGGCCGAAGCAGACACGGAGCAGCUCUUUUUUUCCGUGAACAGUGUUAAUGGGAAGACUGUAUCGGGGGAACCAAAAAGCACAGGAAAAGGAAGUGCUGGUGCAUACUUUUUAGUUAAAACUACUUCCCUGUUUUAUCAUGAUUACUAAAUGAGUAGGAUAGGCAGACGUAUAUAACUAAUGGUUGAAACUGCGUAUAUUCAUUUCUUUCUAAAGCAGAAACCUUACUGGUAGUAACACGACUUCCCCCUUUGUGGGUUUUCAGACACCUGCAGCAAGAAGAAAUACCGACCAGGCGUUAUUUCAUACGCACGCCUCCUCCCUCUCCCAGGUUGAAAGGGGAUUCUCAGUCUGGGAAAGCUGUACACACCUUGAGUUGCUGCUGCGCCGGGGCUGGGCGAGGGGCUCGCCCUCCAAGGAGCUGCACACGGCGUACAAGCACACGACUAGCACUCUGCCCCCACCGCGUUCUCUUAAGAACUGCUCUAGCCACUACCCGGGCCCGGUGGGUUUUUACUCUGCGUUUUCCUUCACCAGGAAUCAGGCUCUUUCUGGAGCCUGUGAGAAAAUAGCCACUCAACACUCUUAGACGCUCGCCAGGGGCCUUUUGUCCAAGUUGAGGUUGUCAAACCAUGUGUGUACCACCUUUUAGAAUGCGACUGUGAAGAGUUUUUUUCCUUGUCUCCAGAUUUUUUUCUGUCCUCAGUUUAUAUUUUACAGUUGGACCCAGAUUCCAAAUCAUCAAGCUAGUGGAGACUAUGUUGCAAAUUAACAUUGUCUGUCCUCCUUUCCCAGCUGCCCAGGCUGGGAGGAACCCGCCCACUCACCCCGCUUUCCUCCGCCUUCCCACUCGGGUUCCACCCCUGCUGAUGGCCCUACCCUCCGUCGGCAGUUCCCACGCUGAGACUUGAACUAAGCUCGCGGUUCAGUGCUCCGGGGGCACAGGGCUGUGCAGGACCGUCGGGAAUGUUGCAAGUGUUACUAGCACCAGUUCCACGUUUUGUUGUCACAAUUUACUGUAUUUUUUACUUUUUCUGUUACAGUUUUGCUAUAAUUUAUCAGAAGGUCCAAAAGUUUGACAUAACUAUUUCAGUUUGCAUUAUUUAUUUAUGAUGCUUUUGUCAUUGUCUUUUAUACAUUUGGGAUUAUAAAUUAUGUAAAUGUUAAAAUGAGCAUCUCAAAGAAGUCUGUUAAAUCAUGGCCAGAAAAAAAAUCAAUCAGCUGUAUUUUCAAAAAGUGGAGUCCCAGUUUUAUGAAUCAGAGAUAUAAAUCAGAAAUUCUAUAAACAGAUCAUAGAAGAAAGAACCCAGUAAUUGAAUCAGUCCUAUUUAAUGACAUCUCUGUAGCAUAGGUGGUCUCUAAUGCUGACAACAGAUUUCUUAGAAAUGCUGCUCUCUAUUUAACUAACAUUUUGUUCAGUUUUGCCUCCAGUGGAAGCAGAAAGGGUUUUUUCAGCUGUUAAAUCCUAAAAAUCAAUAUAAUUUAUUUAUGUAAAAAAAAUCACUCAAUUGAUAUAUUUUUGAACCUUUUAAGUACUAAUUUUCUUUUUAUCUAGUAGAAGAAAAAAAUGUAUUUGCCCUAAAUCCUUAAAAUACAAAUGCUAUAAAAAUUGAUGUAUCUUGAAAGCCUUACUGCAAAUGAGUAUUAUAGACAUCCAGCAGAGCCCGGGUCUUCUUUGUGGUCGUCGUUUUGUAUAGAAAAGCUGCUUUCCCCAGGUUCCACUUAGAACCUCCAGUAGGUCACAGGGUUCAAUAUGGCUUUGAUUUAAAAACCCACCAGCAUGCUAAAUCCCUUGUUAUAUCUUACCGAACCUGUAUGUUAACUCUCUGGGUGUUUAGGCUUCUAUUUGACUGCUGUUGUGUCCCUGUUUGCAAAAUGAAAAUGACACUCUGUGGAUUAUUUGCUCUGUAAGGCAUAAGUGCUUCUUCUUAUUUUGACGUUUCCAAGAGCAAAAGCCAAAUUUAAACUCUCUUCAGCAAACUUGAGCCUUUCCAUCUAAUUCCAUGUCACUCACAGCCAUAACUUUCCUUGAUCAUUCUUCACCCCAUGUCUUACAUAAUAAAUUGUCUGUGGUCUUGAUCCUGGAUUUAAAAAAAAAAAAAAA